AUGUCAGCUAGAUACUUUGAAACCGUAACAUCUGCGAGUGCAUUUGACACCCAGCUCAAGGCCGAGCUGAAGCAUUCCGGCGGACCCCUCUCUAUCGGCGACCUCCAAGCCUCUGGCAGCAACUGGGGCCGUCGCCAGCUGUUGGCCUGUCGGGCCAUCAUCUUGCCGACAGCACACAAUGUGCUCCCCGCAUAUGAGGGUCACACGCAGCGUAUUGAAGAAAUACAGGAAAUAAAGGAGUUUCUAGAAGGGCCUGAUCCGGCCUUGAUGCACCAUAGCACUCGCUUCCUGAUUUCCGAGUAUGGCUUUUCUCUCGGUGAGAUGUGGGCUGCGUUGGCAGCCGUCAAGCACUACCCUCGUCCCCUUCCCAGAAACGAUGGGACACCAGAAGCAAAGCGAGUUCGAAGACAUACGGUCCUCGAAGGAUAUGUUAGCUCGGCCGGCUUCCAGGUUUCGUCUAGCGACCCCGAGGAGCGUACUACCUCCCCUGGCAGCGAUGGGAUCUGUCGGCCCUACUUACACCGAACAACCAACAACUCAAGAGCUUCCCGCCGAAGACUGUGCCUUGCUUCUCAUCACCCGAGUGCUGCGCCACUUGCUGUUUUACACGCAAGCUCCCAACUCAACAUAGGGUCCUCAAACUCGUAA